AUGAACCUCUGCCUACAUCCACCCCACUCAUCUUCCCAGUCACUACCCCCACACCACUCAUCUUCCCAGUCACUACCCCCAGUAUCUCUACAUCCACCCCACUCACCUUCCCAGUCACUACCCCCAGUAUCUCUACAUCCACACCACUCAUCUUCCCAGUCACUACCCCCACACCACUCAUCUUCCCAGUCACUACCCCCAGUAUCUCUACAUCCACCCCACUCACCUUCCCAGUCACUACCCCCAGUAUCUCUACAUCCACCCCACUCAUCUUCCCAGUCACUACCCCCAGUAUCUCUACAUCCACCCCACUCAUCUUCCCAGUCACUACCCCCAGUAUCUCUACAUCCACACCACUCAUCUUCCAAGUCACUACCCCCAGUAUCCCUACAUCCACACCACUCAUCUUCCCAGUCACUACCCCCAGUAUCUCUACAUCCACACCACUCAUCUUCCCAGUCACUACCCCCAGUAUCCCUACAUCCACCCCACUCACCUUCCCAGUCACUACCCCCAGUAUCUCUACAUCAACACCACUCAUCUUCCCAGUCACUACCCCCACACCACUCAUCUUCCCAGUCACUACCCCCACACCACUCAUCUUCCCAGUCACUACCCCCAGUAUCCCUACAUCCACCCCACUCAUCUUCCCAGUCACUACCCCCAGUAUCCCUACAUCCACCCCACUCAUCUUCCCAGUCACUAACCCCCAGUAUCUCUACAUCCACACCACUCAUCUUCCCAGUCACUACCCCCAGUAUCCCUACAUCCACCCCACUCAUCUUCCCAGUCACUACCCCCAGUAUCCCUACAUCCACGCCACUCAUCUUCCCAGUCACUACCCCCAGUAUCCCUACAUCCACACCACUCAUCUUCCCAGUCACUACCCCCAGUAUCUCUACAUCCACGCCACUCAUCUUCCCAGUCACUACCCCCAGUAUCCCUACAUCCACCCCACUCACCUUCCCAGUCACUACCCCCAGUAUCCCUACAUCCACACCACUCAUCUUCCCAGUCACUACCCCCAGUAUCUCUACAUCCACACCACUCAUCUUCCCAGUCACUACCCCCAGUAUCCCUACAUCCACCCCACUCACCUUCCCAGUCACUACCCCCAGUAUCCCUACAUCCACCCCACUCACCUUCCCAGUCACUACCCCCAGUAUCUCUACAUCCACGCCACUCAUCUUCCCAGUCACUACCCCCAGUAUCCCUACAUCCACCCCACUCAUCUUCCCAGUCACUACCCCCAGUAUCCCUACAUACACCCCACUCAUCUUCCCAGUCACUACCCCCAGUAUCUCUACAUCCACCCCACUCACCUUCCCAGUCACUACCCCCAGUAUCCCUACAUCCACCCCACUCAUCUUCCCAGUCACUACCCCCAGUAUCCCUACAUACACCCCACUCAUCUUCCCAGUCACUACCCCCAGUAUCUCUACAUCCACCCCACUCACCUUCCCAGUCACUACCCCCAGUAUCCCUACAUCCACCCCACUCAUCUUCCCAGUCACUACCCCCAGUAUCCCUACAUCCACCCCACUCACCUUCCCAGUCACUACCCCCAGUAUCUCUACAUCCACGCCACUCACCUUCCCAGUCACUACCCCCAGUAUCCCUACAUCCACGCCACUCAUCUUCCUAGUCACUACCCCCAGUAUCUCUACAUCCACCCCACUCAUCUUCCCAGUCACUACCCCCAGUAUCCCUACAUCCACCCCACUCAUCUUCCCAGUCACUACCCCCAGUAUCUCUACAUCCACACCACUCAUCUUCCAAGUCACUACCCCCAGUAUCUCUACAUCCACCCCACUCAUCUUCCCAGUCACUACCCCCAGUAUCUCUACAUCCACCCCACUCAUCUUCCCAGUCACUACCCCCAGUAUCUCUACAUCCACCCCACUCAUCUUCCCAGUCACUACCCCCAGUAUCUCUACAUCCACCCCACUCAUCUUCCCAGUCACUACCCCCAGUAUCACUACCCCCACACCACUCAUCUUCCCAGUCACUACCCCCACACCACUCAUCUUCCCAGUCACUACCCCCAGUAUCUCUACAUCCACCCCACUCACCUUCCCAGUCACUACCCCCAGUAUCUCUACAUCCACCCCACUCAUCUUCCCAGUCACUACCCCCAGUAUCUCUACAUCCACCCCACUCAUCUUCCCAGUCACUACCCCCAGUAUCUCUACAUCCACACCACUCAUCUUCCAAGUCACUACCCCCAGUAUCUCUACAUCCACCCCACUCAUCUUCCCAGUCACUACCCCCAGUAUCUCUACAUCCACCCCACUCAUCUUCCCAGUCACUACCCCCAGUAUCUCUACAUCCACCCCACUCAUCUUCCCAGUCACUACCCCCAGUAUCUCUACAUCCACACCACUCAUCUUCCCAGUCACUACCCCCAGUAUCACUACCCCCACACCACUCAUCUUCCCAGUCACUACCCCCACACCACUCAUCUUCCCAGUCACUACCCCCAGUAUCUCUACAUCCACCCCACUCACCUUCCCAGUCACUACCCCCAGUAUCUCUACAUCCACCCCACUCAUCUUCCCAGUUACUACCCCCAGUAUCCCUACAUCCACCCCACUCACCUUCCCAGUCACUACCCCCAGUAUCUCUACAUCAACACCACUCAUCUUCCCAGUCACUACCCCCACACCACUCAUCUUCCAAGUCACUACCCCCAGUAUCCCUACAUCCACCCCACUCAUCUUCCCAGUCACUACCCCCAGUAUCCCUACAUCCACCCCACUCAUCUUCCCAGUCACUACCCCCAGUAUCCCUACAUCCACCCCACUCACCUUCCCAGUCACUACCCCCAGUAUCUCUACAUCCACGCCACUCAUCUUCCCAGUCACUACCCCCAGUAUCCCUACAUCCACACCACUCAUCUUCCCAGUCACUACCCCCAGUAUCUCUACAUCCACCCCACUCAUCUUCCCAGUCACUACCCCCAGUAUCCCUACAUCCACCCCACUCAUCUUCCCAGUCACUACCCCCAGUAUCUCUACAUCCACGCCACUCAUCUUCCCAGUCACUACCCCCAGUAUCCCUACAUCCACCCCACUCAUCUUCCCAGUCACUACCCCCAGUAUCUCUACAUCCACACCACUCACCUUCCCAGUCACUACCCCCAGUAUCUCUACAUCCACCCCACUCAUCUUCCCAGUCACUACCCCCAGUAUCCCUACAUCCACCCCACUCAUCUUCCCAGUCACUUCCCCCAGUAUCUCUACAUCCACACCACUCAUCUUCCCAGUCACUACCCCCAGUAUCCCUACAUCCACCCCACUCAUCUUCCCAGUCACUACCCCCAGUAUCUCUACAUCCACCCCACUCAUCUUCCCAGUCACUACCCCCAGUAUCCCUACAUCCACACCACUCAUCUUCCCAGUCACUACCCCCAGUAUCUCUACAUCCACCCCACUCAUCUUCCCAGUCACUACCCCCAGUAACCCUACAUCCACCCCACUCAUCUUCCCAGUCACUACCCCCAUAUCUCUACAUCCACACCACUCAUCUUCCCAGUCACUACCCCCACCCCACUCAUCUUCCCAGUCACUACCCCCACCCCACUCAUCUUCCCAGUCACUACCCCCAGUAUCCCUACAUCCACCCCACUCAUCUUCCCAGUCACUACCCCCAGUAUCCCUACAUCCACCCCACUCACCUUCCCAGUCACUACCCCCAGUAUCCCUACAUCCACCCCACUCAUCUUCCCAGUCACUACCCCCAGUAUCUCUACAUCCACCCCACUCACCUUCCCAGUCACUACCCCCAGUAUCCCUACAUCCACCCCACUCAUCUUCCCAGUCACUACCCCCAGUAUCCCUACAUCCACCCCACUCAUCUUUCCAGUCACUACCCCCAGUAUCUCUACAUCCACACCACUCAUCUUCCCAGUCACUACCCCCACCCCACUCAUCUUCCCAGUCACUACCCCCCACCCCACUCAUCUUCCCAGUCACUACCCCCAGUAUCCCUACAUCCACACCACUCAUCUUCCCAGUCACUACCCCCAGUAUCCCUACAUCCACCCCACUCAUCUUCCCAGUCACUACCCCCAGUAUCUCUACAUCCACACCACUCAUCUUCCCAGUCACUACCCCCACCCCACUCAUCUUCCCAGUCACUACCCCCAGUAUCCCUACAUCCACACCACUCAUCUUCCCAGUCACUACCCCCAGUAUCCCUACAUCCACACCACUCAUCUUCCCAGUCACUACCCCCAGUAUCCCUACAUCCACACCACUCAUCUUCCCAGUCACUACCCCCACCCCACUCAUCUUCCCAGUCACUACCCCCAGUAUCUCUACAUCCACCCCACUCAUCUUCCCAGUCACUACCCCCAGUAUCCCUACAUCCACACCACUCAUCUUCCCAGUCACUACCCCCAGUAUCCCUACAUCCACACCACUCAUCUUCCCAGUCACUACCCCCAGUAUCCCUACAUCCACACCACUCAUCUUCCCAGUCACUACCCCCAGUAUCCCUACAUCCACACCACUCAUCUUCCCAGUCACUACCCCCAGUAUCCCUACAUCCACACCACUCAUCUUCCCAGUUACUACCCCCACCCCACUCAUCUUCCCAGUCACUACCCCCAGUAUCUCUACAUCCACCCCACUCAUCUUCCCAGUCACUACCCCCAGUAUCCCUACAUCCACGCCACUCAUCUUUCCAGUCACUACCCCCAGUAUCCCUACAUCCACGCCACUCAUCUUCCCAGUCACUACCCCCAGUAUCUCUACAUCCACGCCACUCACCUUCCCAGUCACUACCCCCAGUAUCUCUACAUCCAACCCACUCAUCUUCCCAGUCACUACCUCCAGUAUCCUUGUCUAUUCAUCUUCUGAUAUAUAUACAUGUACAUUAAUUCUCAUUGCUGUAGACUGGCUAUUUUUAAGUAAGCAUUUUCCUGGUCAAGCUGGACAUUAUAGCUUCCAACAGACCUUAGGAGUGGACAUCUGGAGGCAAAAACUAUUGAUGUGA